AUAGACACAGGGCAAGAACAGUUUAAUAGUGUUUUAUGGCCGAUGAUGAAGAGGCCGCUGAAUCUCCUUUUUGCCCUUACCUCUCAAUCUCUUUCCCGCCAACACAAACGGUCAAGUUUUCAUACCAAAGCUUAUUUCAUUCAACAGCUUCAAAAUUGUAACGAUUUCAUUUCCGCAACCUUAGCGCACUCCAACGUUUUGAAGUCCGGUUUCUUAAACGACACGUUCGCCACCAACCAUUUGAUCAAUUGCUAUGUUAGACUCCAAGAAAUCAAGGAUGCGCACCAGUUGUUCAAUGAAAUGCCUGAACCCAAUGUGGUGUCGUGGACUUCGCUUAUGGCGGGGUACGUCGAUUCAGGUGAACCUAAAAUGGCUCUUUGGCUGUUUGGGAAAAUGCCCUGGAGUUCAGUCUUGCCUAAUGAUUUCACGUUUGCUACUGUGAUUAAUGCUUGUUCGAUCCUUGCUGAUCUUGAAGUAGGUAGAAGAAUUCAUACGCAUGUCGAAAUAUUCGGUUUCCAAUCAAAUCUUGUUGUUUGUUCUUCACUUGUUGAUAUGUAUGGGAAAUGCAAUGAUGUUGAUGAAGCUCGACGGGUUUUUGACUUGAUGCGUUGUAGGAAUGUUGUUUCUUGGACUUCAAUGAUCACCGCAUAUGCCCAGAAUGCACGAGGCCACGACGCACUCCAAAUUUUCAGAGAAUUUAGUGGCUUGACAUUGGACCGUCCAAAUCAUUUCAUGUUGGCUAGUGUAAUCAGCGCUUGCGCAAGCUUGGGUAGACUAGUUUCUGGGAAAGUCACGCAUGGGGCAGUGGUUCGUCGUGGACAUGAUUCAAAUGCUGUGGUUGCAAGUGCACUUGUGGACAUGUAUGCCAAAUGCGGGUCUAUUAGUUAUUCAGACAAGGUCUUCAGGAGGAUUUCAAAUCCUUCUGUAAUUUCCUAUACUUCAAUGAUUGUAGGUGCUGCGAAGUACGGACUUGGGAGGCUUUCCCUCAAUCUCUUCAAAGAAAUGAGUGAUAGAAGAAUAAAGCCCAACGAUGUCACCUUUGUUGGGGUCUUACAUGCUUGCAGCCACUCAGGGCUCGUUGGUGAAGGCCUUGGACAGUUGAAAUCCAUGUAUGUGAAGUAUGGGAUAAUGCCAGAUGCCAGGCACUAUACAUGCGUCGUUGAUAUGCUUGGCCGAACCGGUUGUCUUGACAAGGCCUUCCGAUUAGCAAAAUCUAUCAAUGUAGAAUCUGAUGGAGGGGCUUUGUUGUGGGGUACACUUCUUUCAGCCAGUAGGGUUCAUGGUAGGGUAGAUGUUGCAGUUGAAGCCAGCAAGCGGCUAAUAGAGUCCAAUCAACAAGUGGCAGGGGCAUAUGUUACAUUAUCAAACACUUAUGCGUUGGCUGGGGAGUGGGAGAAUGUUCAUAGCGUACGGUCUGAAAUGAAGCGUACCGGAGUCUAUAAGGAACCAGGCUGUAGUUGGGUUGAGAUUAAGGAUUCAACUUAUGUGUUCUAUGCUGGAGAUGCAGCUUCAUGUCCACAGGGGAGUGAAGUGGCGAGUUUGUUGAGAGACUUGGAGGAGAGAAUGAAGGAAAGAGGGUAUGUGGGAGGGAGUGUAGGUUUGGUGUUUUUCGAUGUGGAAGAGGAGGCCAAAGAACAAACUGUGGGUCUGCACAGUGAGAGAUUGGCCUUGGCUUUUGGAUUGAUAAACAUACCUAAAGGAAUAACAAUCAGAGUGAUGAAGAACUUGAGAAUGUGUAGGGACUGUCAUGAGGCUUUCAAACUUAUUAGUGAUAUUGUUGAGAGGGAUUUUGUUGUGAGAGAUGUGAACAGAUUUCAUCAUUUUAAAAAUGGGUCUUGCAGUUGCAGAGAUUUCUGGUAA